UAUUAUUUAUAUUUAUUUAUUUAUUUCGUUGUCCGAGUGUAUUGGAAGUACGUCGUCAAUAAUCGAAAUAAUAACAUGUCCAAAUAUACGCCCGUGACUCAUGUCAUAUUCGACAUGGACGGUUUGUUUUCAGACACUGAAAAAGUAUACUUGUCCAGCAUUACUGAAGUACUGAAAAAUCAUGGCAAGGACUACCAUAAUGACUUACGAGUCAGAGUUAUGGGCACGGUACCAAUCAACACGGCUACAAUCAUAAUAAAAGAACUGGAAAUGGACAUAACUCCUGUUGAUCUUCUUGCCGAAUUCCAUGAAAAUCAGAUUGUCAAAAUGGAAAAUGUUCCAUUUUUACCAGGAGCUGAAAGGUUAAUCGAUCAUUUAUAUACCAACAAUGUGCCAAUAGCUGUGGCUACAAGUAGUGGUAAAGAUACUUUUAAAGUGAAAACAGCAAACUACCAACACAUUUUUUCAAAAUUCCAUCACAUUGUACUUGGUAGUGCAGAUUCAGAAGUUAAACAGGGAAAACCAGCACCAGAUAUAUUCCUAGUGUGUGCAUCACGAUUUGACGAUAAACCUGUACCACAAAAAUGUUUAGUAUUUGAGGACGCCCCAAAUGGUGUUACGGGUGCAAAGUCUGCUGGCAUGCAAACCGUUAUGGUUCCAGAUAAAAUAAUUCCUAAAGAAAUGACUUCUCAUGCUACUCAAGUGAUAUCUUCAUUGUUGGACUUUAAGCCUGAAGAUUUUGGGCUACCUCCGUUUCCAUGACUGUCAAAAUUGAAGAAUUCAUAAUACAAACUGUGUUUAAUAUUAUUAUUAUUUAUUUAUUAGUAAACAAAAUAGAAAUAUUAAUAUUUAUUAUUUAUUAUUUGAUAUAAUUGUUUGUUUCUAAUUAUUUAAAUUGUUGACUUGUGUUUUUAGUGACUUGUAUUAAACAGCUGUUUGUUAACAAAUCUAGUCUUAUCUCUGUAACUGAUUAAUAAAUAAUUUGAUUAUAUAAUAUUUUGCUUUGAA